UCUGAAUUAUAGGGUUUAAGGAUGAACUUGGCCCCCUAAUUCUUCGCCUCUGGUUUUCAGUUUCACCAGCCAGAAGACCAAGCAAGCAAGAAAAUGACGUCGUUUUGCAGGUCAGCAUUAAUGGCGGCUUCUAGAUCCCUCUCUUCUCGACCCAAAUCCCUUACUUUAAGAACCCUAACCCCAAAACCCAUUUCUUCUCCUUUCUCUUCUCCAUCAACAAGAACCCUUCCUUGCGCUUCAAGGAUCGUAUCGGCGUUGGGAGGAGUAGAGUCGAUGAUGCCACUUCAUAGUGCCAUUGCUUCUGCUCGAUUACAAUCAAGCAUCGCCGUUGAUUCUUCCUUCUGGAGCUGGCUCUCUCAAGGACUUGCAACACCAUUGUGACAAAGCUGGAUCUUUUGUUGGACAAUGAAAGGCAUAUGAUCUUUUUUUUUUAUAGAAAUCUAUGUCAAUGGAAAUCAAAUUGUUCAAGAUUUUUUCUUUGUAUUCUGAAAUUAUGCAUUUAACUUUUAGGGUCUGCAGGUUUUUUUCCUUUACUAUUUGUUUCGAAUCCCGAGCUUCUUUAUGAUGGGUUGAAUGAUAGGGAUGACAUACUGUUUUUGCUUUGGUAUUCAAUUUUGUUCAAGAUAAUGGGAUUUUUCUUGCUGAUGUU